CUCUAAAUGAUUUUGUAGAUAGUUAUCAAACAAAUGAGACAAUUCAACAAGAUGAUAGAAUAUAUAAAUCUGAUGGAGAAGAUUACGAAAAAGGCAUUCCUGAGCAUCUUAUGGAUGGAUAA